CACACACACACACACACCUCUCUCUCUCUCUGACUUCGGGCACUGAGAAAAAUACAGGUCACCACACCAGAUGGGGAUUCCUCUGACUCUAAUAGUCUUUCAUCUUCUGUAGGAAAGUGAUUAGGUCCGUUGGAUUUAUGCAGCCAGUUGAUUUUAUUUCUCCCCCUGGAAACCCAGUUUGCUUCUUUCUUGGUUUACUUUCCUCUUAAACAAAGGCUGCAACCUCCAGGGAGAAGGAGAGAGACCAACGCACAGAGAGAGAGAAUGGCUGUUGAGAGAAAUGAGACAGAGGAACAAGGGAGGGGAAGAGAGAUUCAGAGCUGCUCCUGCAGGAGCUAGGUGUCUGGACUUUCUUGUGUUAAAGUUGCAGAGCAUUCUGAAUAAAGAGCAAGUCUUCCUUGGGACCCACUGCUGCCUCUCAAAAACUGUGGGGAAGUGACUUAUCCAAGGUCACACAGCAAGUGAGUGGCGGAGCUGGAAAUAGAACUGAAGUCUCCUGGUCCAAUGCCCUAUUUGCUGGGCCAUGCUGGUUCUAUUGUGAUGGUGUAAAAUAAACUACAGGUGAAAACGUUAAACGAGGGCUUCCAAGCCACCAAGGACCUGGCUGUGCGUGAGCUGCUCUGGCAGAUGUGGAACUGCAGGAUUAAUGGAGACGUGAUGAAAGCUUAGCCAGCCCUCUGGCAGGCAGGACAGAUGCUGCCUCAUCCCUGACGAUCCGCAAUGGAAGUGCCCAGUACCAAAGAUUUCCAAUGGAAAACCCUCGCACCCCUCCCCAGUGGCAGGGUCUACUGCUCGCUGGUGGAGGCAGGCGGCCAGGUCUUUGCCAUCGGAGGCUGCGACGACAACGGAGUCCCCAUGAACUGCUUCGAGGUUUACUCCCCCGAAGCCAACCAGUGGAACUCUCUCCCUCCCAUGCCCACGGCCCGGGCCGGAGUAGCCGUGGCCACCCUGGGCAAGCGGAUCAUGGUGAUAGGAGGGGUCGGGAUGAACCAGACGCCCUUGAAGAUAGUGGAGAUGUACAACAUAGAUGAUGGCAAGUGGAAGAAGAGGAACUCCUUGAGGGAAGCCUCGAUGGGCAUCUCCGUGACGGUGAAAGACUACAGAGUCUACGCGGCUGGCGGGAUGGGACUGGACCUGCGGCCUCACAACUAUAUGCAGCACUACGACAUGCUCAAGGACAUCUGGGUGUCACUCGCGACCAUGCCCACGCCCAGGUACGCUGCCACCUCCUUCCUGCGGGGCACCAAGAUCUACGUGCUCGGUGGGAGGCAGUCCAAAUACGCCAUCAAUGCCUUCGAGGUCUUCGACACAGAGACCAGGUCAUGGACCAAGUUCCCCAGCAUCCCCAGCAAAAGGGCCUUCUCCAGCUUCGUGCCCACGGAGAACAACCUCUUCAGUCUCGGGGGGCUGCGGCAGGGCAGGCUGUACCGGCAGCCCAAGUUCAUGAAGACUGUGGAUGUGUUUGACAUUGAGCAAGGUGGCUGGAUGAAGAUGGAACGCUCCUCCUUCCUAAAGAAAAGGCGAGCGGACUUUGUCGCUGGCUACUUGAAAGGAAGGGUCAUCGUGGCCGGGGGGCUAGGGAACCAGCCAACGGUCCUAGAGUCAGCUGAAGCCUUCCACCCAGGGAAGAACAAAUGGGAGAGCCUGCCACCCAUGCCGACCCCCCGCUGCACCUGCUCCAGCAUCGUGGUGAAGAACUGCCUGCUGGCCGUUGGCGGAGUGAACCAGGGCUUGAGUGAUGCAGUGGAGGCACUGUGCGUCUCUGACUCCUAGCCACCCCCUUUCCAAUUCCCACCCCCUGGCAAGUCCAGCUCUGAGAUCCUGGGAAAGUGGCAGUGGCAGUGAUGCUGUCAGGAUCAGCCUCGCGUAGUUUGCACCCUGCUCUCUCCUGCUGCACCUCUAGCUGCCUUCACAGGACGUCCGGGGAAGGUAGGCAGCACCCCACCCUCGUGCACACACCUCUGAAGCUAAUGCUACUCUGAAGCUGUUGGCCAGCAGGGGCUCCUGAUCGUCUAUUAGCCAGUCUCGGUACCCAGGGGCAUCACCCCUUCAUCUCCACCUCCAUCCAGGACCCCUCGGUCCUAUGCCAGCCCCGAAUUGCUGAAGAACGCACCAGCCUUGUACCGCAGUGCGAGAGAUUGACCAGCCUAGGAGGAGCACUUUGGUUGGGGGGGAUCCACUCUGACCACCUGCAAAGGUCCAAGAAGGAGCUUGGCUGAGAAGAGCGCCCCAUGGAGCCAGAACAUCGUGUUCCCCCACCAUUGGGAAAGGACCCUUUAUAUCAGGGUAUGCCGGGGCUACGUCCUCAUACUCUACUAUGCUUCUCUAACCGUGGCUCAGAGCUGCAGCGUUCAUAUGAAAACCCUGUGUAGCCAGACACGCUGGUUAAAGAAACCCCACUGACUCCAUUGUUUGGGUGGAACCAGCCUUCCUGUUCUGAUGUGACGUUAUGCUUGCCAAGCACCCAGGGUGCAAGACAUCCCUCCCGGCGCAGAAUCCCUUGGCGAGCUACAGGGGAACUUCCUAAUCAUAUAAGCUAGAAUGGAUGGUGAGCGCCGUCAGCCAGAGAGGAGCCAGUCCAUGUCUGGAUUGACAGCAACUUCAUUGCCCAUUAACUUGUAGAUUUUGCCCAUUGCUUGUGCCCGGAGCUGAAGCCAAGCGUUGCCAGCACUCCUGGGCGUGCUCUGACAGAUGGAGGCAUGGAGGGCUAGUUUGAGGACUGUUUGAAGCAAAUGGAUGAUUCUGCAUUUAGCAUAGAACAGGCAGAUCUGACACAGAGAUGGGGCCGAGCUGCAACAUUCAGAUCUGGUUCCAGGUCGGGAUUUUAAUGCCCAUGAUGCUCCAGGGUGUUCAGAUCCAGGAUUUCACUUUGGUUCACUUCACAGAUAAAAGACCAUUUGCAAAACCUUGACCCCGAGCUAACUUUGGAUUUCCAACACUCCAAGAGUUUAGGGGAUGGCUUUGGACCCACCUCUACGUACACGCGUCCCACAGAGAAGCCAGAAUGCAACAGUGGUCUCUUCCUUUUCCUUGGUUUUGUUUAAAUUUGUAUCUGUGGUUUGUGGCCAAAUGCUCUUUGAUGGAUGGGUUGCGAUUCUUGCUCAUAGCAGCAGCACAAUUAAAACCUGUAUUUGCUGAGCAAA